CAUUAGGUGAGGUGGCCCGGUGGUCUGGUGGCUAAAGCUCCCGCUUCACACACGGAGGGCCCGGGUUCGAUUCCCGGCUGGUGGAAAUUCCGACACGUUUCCUUACACCUAUUGUCCUGUUCACCUAGCAGCAAAUAGGUACCUGGGUGUUAGUCGACUGGUGUGGGUCGCAUCCUGGGGGACAAGAUUAAGGACCCCAAUGGAAAUAAGUUAGACAGUCCUCGAUGACGCACUGACUUUCUUGGGUUAUCCUGGGUGGCUAACCCUCCGGGGUUAAAAAUCCGAACGAAAUCUUAUCUUCUUAACCCCUUUGGUUGGUGGGCCGCCUCCAGUAGGGAGGAGGGAAGUCCCCCUCAUGGGGAGGGGCGCCCCCAGGGGGUAGGGGGCGGUCACAGCUGUGGUGUAAACAAGUCAGGGUCGACGUGGACGCCGCUGCUCAGAUUAGUGGGCUGUGGGUCACCAGGGUCAGGGACAAUGACACCUACCAAGCAGCCAAUUGACUUUCUCAUAUACUUAAUCCUUUUUGGCUCAACAAUUUUUGUCAACAAGUAUGUGCUCUCGGUGCUAAACUUCACAUACCCCACAAUUUAUCAAGGUUGGCAGACCUUGGUUGGGGGCAUCCUCCUGCGAGUUUUACUCUCCAACAAAUGCCUCUCCAUCUCUGCCACAGAUCUAGAUAAACCUGGAUUUAUUUCUCUCUUGCCAUCAUUUCUCUUCUUCGCAGCUGGCAUCGUUGCAAGUUCUAAAGCUCUUUGUAAUUUGAGUGUGCCUGUGUUUUUAUGUUUGCAAAAUACAUUGGGAGCAAUGCUCUAUUUGAUGGAAAUUGCUCCAAGCUUUAGAAGUGGUUCUGGGCCACUCCCUCUACUUGCUAGUCUUGUCACCAUUGGGACGGCAGUGGCUGCAGUUCUUGCUGAUAUUGACAUGACGUUUUCAGAUUCAGCGUACUUUUGGAUGCUUGUGUACCUAGCAUGUGUUGCCGUACAAACACUUCACUCAAAGAUUGCGGAUGCACGCUACACUGACAUUGACCGACUUUACUUCUCCUAUGUUUUUAGUGUUGUGGUGUUGGCUCCAGCAUCUCUGUACUUGGAAGAGGCCUUUGAGGUACUUCAUUUUCCACAUGCGAUGCGCUAUGAUUUCUAUGCUGGCUGCCUCCUCUCAGGGGUGUUAGGACUUUUCCUCAACUUGUCAUUUAUGAAGGGCACUACGGGAGAGAACGUAUAUAUACAGUGGACCCUCGAGUUUCGGCAGCAUCAGCUUUCCUACUGUAAGAAAAUAUCAUGGCAACCUUCAACAUCAACAGCUAGCUGUGAACAGCCUUCAACAUCAACAGCUAGCUGUGAACAGCCUUCAACAUCAACAGCUAGCUGUGAACAGCCUUCAACAUCAACAGCUAGCUGUGAACAGCCUUCAACAUCAACAGCUAACCUUCAAUAGCCUUCAACAUCAACAGUUAGCUUUCAACAGCCUUCAAUGUCAACAGCAACAUACACUCCUUCAAAAGUUUCACACGUCUCCAAAACGAAUCAAAUUAGUUGAAGAAUUAGAGGAUGAUGGUCUGCUAUCUCAUGAUUUGAUUUAAUAACUACAUUGCCACUCACCUCUCACAUAUUCAUAUUAAGUAAUUUAAAGUAAGUAAUAAAUGUACUCUGUGUAUUUUCACUUUUCAUUGUAUUUUUUAAUGCCUAGUUCUAUUGCUAAUUUAAUAUAUGUCAGUGUAAAUAUGUUAUCUAGCAUUUAUAAGGGGGAAAAAAAAAAGUGUUCCACUUUACGGCGGUAGCCUGGAACCUAACCAGCCGCAUAAGUGAGGCCCUACUGUAAUUUAAAUCUUAUAACAUGUAAACCACACAUUGUAAGCUUUACAAGGAAAUAAAUAUUUGUAUUUGUAUUGUAUAACCACUCGCUUCUUUGUGACUG